AUGGCCGACCAAAUCGACUCUACCGACCCCUUCGACACCCUCCUGACCCUAGAAGACACUCUCUACACCACCGCCUACACACUCGGCGCCUCCGACGGCGCCCACGCCGGCCGCAUCGAAGGCCGAAUCUUCGGUUUAGAAAAAGGCUUUGAGAAAUUCGCUGCUCUAGGCGUACUCCACGGCCGCAGUGUAAUAUGGGCUUCGCGACUUCCCAAUCCCACUUCUCCCGGUCUCUUGUCGCCUUCCAAAACCCUUGAAGUCCAACAGGAACAAAACAAUGAUAUCGAGGACCGGAGCAAUGGAAUACCAAAGGCGGCAUGUCAGCUACCACCUUUGCAACCCAACCCCCGUCUCCACACGAACACCCCCCUCCUACACUCCCUCACAGACCCCGAAACCUUCUCCACUGCAAACACCGAAGACGCAGUAGCGGAUUACGACGAUCGCUUCAAACGCGCCGGAGCCAAGGCAAAAGUAAUUGAGCGUAUAGUGGGAAAAAGCGAGACCAACCAAUCAUUUUUAGAUUCUCCAGCAGAUGGCUCUCCGGGUACUACUGCUAGAGGGAAAAAGGGUCCGGUUAGAGUGACUGGGAAUGGUGGGAGUGGGAGGAAGAUGGGAAAUGCGAAGAAGGGCGAUGACAGUAUGGAGGAUUUUGCUGGGUCGAGGUUGCUAAGAUGA